AUAUUUAUGUUAGUCAUAUACAUGUUGACAUACUUGUUUUGGGAAUUAGAUGAUUUGGCAGCCAUAUACUGAGGCGGUGAUGGAUCGACUUCCGGAGAUUUGUCGCUCAGACAUGCACAUUUGGCGUUCACGGGCACCUCUGAUAUGCUUUGACGUCGUUGAGUUCCACCUCCCAGACCGAGUCCUUCGUCAGUUCGGGUUAGACCAGCCGAUCCCACAGGAUGUAGACACGGACGUUGCUCUACACAGGAAGGAUCGAAGGGGACAGCGUAAUUGGGAGAUUCGGCAUUCGGACCAUGUACACGAGUGGAGUCGACGAGAGGCAUUAGUCGUCCAGGGAUACCCGUUCACUGGGACUUCUUCCCCGGCCAUGACAGAGUACAUGGCUUGGUACCGUCGCAUCACGAGACUGGUCAUUACUCCACCUUCGCAGGAGCGCCCCCCGAGUCAUUACCAGCCAGCUACAUCGGACCUCCUGCUUGCACAUGCAUUUGCUGAUUUGCACGUCCAGCUAUCGGGAACUACUGAGACCAUCUCCCACUUGCCACCAGAGACGGCUAUACCAUUUGCCAUACAGACGAUGCAGGGUUUUACAUCAUUUUGUGGCCAAACCUUGUCUAGGGUGGGGCAGUCACACCUUAUUCAGCAGCCUCGACCGUCCACGUCUUCAUCUUCUACUGUGCACACUAUGCCGAUCAGACCACCACCUCAUCGUGGAGGCCAUUCAGCACGUGCCUUCCGUCCACCGACUCCUUCUCAGCAUACUAUCAUGACAUCUCCUCCACUAGUGCAUCGCCAGUAUCAGAGAAACCGACGGCGUAGCAACACUACGUCUGGGGUUGGAGUUGGCCUGGAUGACAUUCCAGAGGAGACAGCUGCAUCAUCUUCAUCGUCACCUCAUGGGAAGAAGCAACGCCCGAGCUAAGUGUAUAUUUUGGAACUAAACUAAUUUUUUUUGUAAAUGCUUAGAAUUGGAUUUUGUUAUAUUUAAUCAAUUGAAAAAUAUUCGACUUUGCAAUUUCGACUUCCUUAGAUCUUCAUAAACUUGUUAUUUAUGGUGGUUGUGUUGAAAAUAUGCUAUAUAUCUCAUGUUUUACAGGUACACAACUUGCAGGUUUUUUUUUGAGUGAUUAU